AUGGAUCCACUGCUGAACUUCAGUUCCACCACAGCUGUGCCAAACUCCACCAGCACCGACCUGUCUCACGAGCUGGAUGUGGACACCCACUUCUCUUCCAAGGUGCUGAUCACUGUGAUCUACAUCCUCAUCUUCUUGGUGGGCACCAUAGGGAAUGUGGUGACCAUUGGACUGGUGCUGAAGAAGCACAGCGCCCGCAGCGUGCAGAGCACUGUACACUAUCACCUGGUGAGCCUUGCGCUCUCUGACAUUCUAAUACUUCUCAUCAGCAUUCCCAUAGAACUCUACAACUUCAUCUGGGUCCACUACCCUUGGGUGUUUGGAGAUGUAGUUUGCAGAAGUUAUUACUUCCUCAGGGAUAUUUGCUCCUAUGCCACUGUUUUGAACAUCACCAGCCUGAGCUGUGAGAGGUAUCUGGCCAUCUGCCACCCCAUGACUGCUAAGAGAAUCAUGUCCCGCAUGAGGACGAAGAAGAUCCUGUCUGCUAUCUGGAUCUCUUCCAUAGUGUUUGCCAUGCCUAUGGCUUUUAUCAUGGGGGUGAACUAUAAGAGCAGAUCUUCAGAGGGAAAACCAGAUCCUUCCUCCUUAGUCUGCACCAAUUUGGUAUCUACUGCCACCCUGAAAGUCUUCAUACAGGUGAAUGUACUGGUAUCCUUCCUGCUUCCAGUGACGCUGAUUGCCUGCAUGAACUGCGUCACUGUGAGUCAGCUGGAGUCGCUGCGCUCCCGUUCCUGUCUAUUUUUGCGUUCAUCUUGUAUGGGUCCUCAGACGUCACAGGAGAUUCAUGACUCCCAGGCGGUCGUCUCCAAUUCUGCCAGUUGUAAAAUUGAUUCAGUCCGAGGAGCAACAUGGAAGAGCAGUCUCACGGUGUCCAGCGAGCCUAACCGAAUACAUUCACUUCAACACAGCAUUUACAUGCUCAGGGCCAUUGUGAUUGCAUACGUUGUGUGCUGGUUACCAUACCACGCAAGAAGAUUGAUGUUCUGCUAUGUUCCAGAUGACAAAUGGUCUACAUUCCUCUAUAAUUUCUACCAUUAUUUCUACAUGCUGACUAACACACUGUUCUACGUGAGCUCUGCUGUCAAUCCAAUCCUUUACAACGUGGUUUCAUCUUCCUUCAGACAGCUCUUUCUAGAGACUUUGGACUUCUCGUGCAACAAACAUAAUAUAGCCCUUUCCGUAAAGCACACCACCCACAGCCUGAAGACUAACGCCUGCGGUAACUAA